AUGUCGGAGCUGGCCUCAGUAAAAUCGGUCAGCAAUGGCAGUCCGCCUCCAGAUGAUCGAGAGCAUGACCUCGACAAUUAUCUUCAACCGCUACACAUUGAUGAUGGCAUCAUCCACAACUUAGCCUACCAGUUCUCCAAGGUUUAUGAAGAGCUAGCAUUACGAUCAGACGAACAAUUUUUGCCUACCCCAGUCACAAAGUUACCGUCGGGUCAAGAGACCGGGCAAUUUCUGGCCAUCGAUGUUGGUGGCACCAACUUGCGUGUUGCCUUUAUCGAAUUGUUGGGUGAUGCCGACGAACAGUUGCCCAGCGCCAAUGGAGCAGAUCGGUCACGUGCAACCAUUAGUAACGCCCAGCGACCGCGUGUUCGCCGGACACUCGAAAAGGCAUGGCCGAUAGGUGAGCAUCUUAAGAUGGACAAAACCGAAGAUCUAUUUGCAUGGAUUGGAGAUUGUAUCGCUGAGGUCGUAAAUGACCGGUUGAGCUCCGACAAAGACAAAUUCCCAGUCCCAGACGAGUUGCCCAUGGGGAUUACCUUCAGCUUUCCAAUGAUGCAAGACCAACUAUCCUCCGCUACCCUUAUGCCCAUGGGAAAGGGUUUUACCAUGAACUCGGAUCUUGACCUUGGCUCCACUUUACUGCAAGGCUAUGCACGGCACACCAGACGGCAGUCUCCAUCAAGAUCUUCGCCACGAGCAAAAAGGAGGAAACUCGGUCCUCUCCCUCAACUGAAGAUCACUGCCAUUACCAACGACACCAUUGCUACUUUUGCUUCCCUCGCGUAUACCGUCAAGUCCCUUCCCAAUUCUCGAGUCGCUGCCGGUGUCAUUGUUGGGACUGGUUGCAAUGCCACAGUGCCCAUGAAGCUUUCCAGCUUGGGAGCGUCCAAGGUUGAGCCAAUCAAGAGAAACAAACCCGAUGCAAUCGAAACUGUGGUUAAUACGGAAAUCACAAUUGCAGGGGCCUGCGGUCCUUUGAAAGCCAUCGCCACUGAAUGGGAUCGUGAAUUGGAUGAAGCUUGCGCUCGACCCGGUUUUCAACCCCUUGAGUACAUGACUGGUGGGCGAUACAUCGGGGAGCUAGUUCGGAUCAUCUUCUUCAACUAUAUGACGAAGGCACACAGACCUGCAAUACCCAUUGCAUCUCUUCCCGCCACUCUUGUACACAGCUAUAGCUUCACGACAACGUUUGUCAGUGCCGUUAUUGCGAGAGCUCGGUCUGAUUCCGAGUUAGCUGGUGAGCUGAAGCGUCGGAUUCCCCCUCCAGAAUCCUCUAAUUGGGGAUGGACGCCACACACCGCUGGAGCACUCCGCAAGAUCGCACAACUUGUUCAAGUUCGAUCGGCGGGACUGAUAGCUGCUUCGACAGUUGGUCUUCUAGCAACAGUGGGUGAAGUAGCACUCACUGAGCCUGGAAGCCCUGCUUCACUACCUGAUGUGCCGAUGCAAAGUGACAGCAAACCUGCAUCGCCAAAAUCACACCUUUCGGUAGCUCAAAAACAGAACACAAGAGAUGCGCUCUCCCCUGCCCCUGGAGCCUCGGCUUGGAGAUCAGGGCCUGAAGAACUUGUCAUUGCCUAUACGGGAGGAAUCAUCCAGCACUAUCCUAAUUUCAAGGAACAAUGUCAACGGUUCAUAGACCGUCUCGUAAUGAGAGCCGGUCCACAGGAUGGUGGUAAGAGUGUGUUUUUGCGAGAAGCUCGAGAUGGCGGUAUUAUUGGAGCCGGAGUACUUGCUGGUAUGGAAACCAGCGAAAAGAUAGCCGCCUCCUAG